AUGACCACACACGCUCCCCGCGUGCCGUUUGCACCCCUCGACAACCCCCGUCUGCAGCACUUAGCCAACGCGAAGAAUCKCCAGAAUGGCGCCCUCGCACCAAAGUCAACAUCAACCCUCCACAGCAAAUCCAGCAUCGUAAAAAGCGUGUCGUCGUCGAACAAGCGUGCUUUCGAGGACUCCGCCUUUGACGAAUUCGACAGUGAGAAUGUCGACCCUUCCAAAUUUGAUUCGCCCACCAAGAAGAGCAAAAAUGGUGCUUGCGAGGAGCCAUUCACGUUCGCCCUGACCUCUACCAAAUCAAUGCCGCCGCCUUCGGCAUUUCCUUCACGAUUCUCCACACCUGUCAAACCCAGCACCUCCACUACACGUUCUCCCAUGACAGCACCCGCCGGACGGUCCCCAAAGAGAAAGAUUGCUGGAAUUAGCAAGAAUCGUCGUGUAUCUGCUCCCUUUUCGCGCAUUGACCCGCCGUUUGCUUCGCGGUCGACAUCCACUCUGCCAUUCAGUCUCGAUGCCGUGCUGGGUGGAUCUGUACCGGCUGCAACACCCAGUGCAGGUGCCACAAUUCAAGAAACCAUGCCCAAGAAUUGGAUCUUUGAGAUUUACGAAGAUACUCCCGAGGAGGAGGCCGCCAAUCUGAUGGAGCACAGCACGCUUACAUUGGACCUCAGCUCGGAUGAUGAAGAUGGGAGGAAAGACAGCAAUCGCGGGAAGGAGAACACGCCGCCAGAGGGGUAUGACGCUCCUACCGCUUCACGUUCUGCCGUCGAACCUAGUCCUACCGCCCCGCAGAGAGUCAAGAAGACUGAGCUCAUUCGGAGGAAGGCCGAUGUCGAUGAGAUGGACGAUGGAGAGCGUUCGCCAUUGUCAGACCUUGAGACGGAGCAUUUCAUUCCAGAGGGUCUUGACAAGGACUCUCACGUUGUCAUUGAGGAGAGUGCUGAGAAGCCGAGUGGAGUGAAAGAGUUCACAGCGCCGGCGCCAUUUCCACAGGCGGAAAAGAAGGCUGAAGUACCAUUACCUGAAGAGAAAGCAUCACCAGCUGUGAAGGAUGAGAAGAAGGAAGAAGUCGUCGUCUGGGAAGACAAGGAACAUGUUGCUGCUUGA